UUUUUUUUUAAAUAUAUAAAAAUAAUUUUUUUCUUUUUUUUUUCUUUUCUUCCUCACAAGAGUCUUGAUAGUGGCCUCCAUCUCUUUUAGGGAUUGGUUCUUUCUUUCUCUCUCCGGAGCCAACGACAUACUACUACUUAGCUUCGUCUUAUUCAUUCAUCUUUUCUUCCUUUUCACGUCCCAUCACUUAUAAAUCCUCCCCCUCCCCCCCCCCAAAAGGAAAAAAAAAAAAAAAACCCAAUUUCACAAAUAUUAAAAAUCAUUGGAAAUUAAUCAUUAUUAUUUAUAUAUAGAUCAUACUACUAUGGAUACUACUGGGGGUGGAACAUCCGAAACCGGAGGCGGUGGUGGUGGUGAAGGAUCAUCAUCAGGACAAAGAGGGGAACUCGCCCAUGGCACAUCUAGCGGCGGCGGUGGUGUGGAUGAUGGGUCUCAGUUAAUGGUAUCGACGACGACGACAACAACGACAACCGCAACACCACCAAGCAGGUACGAGUCGCAAAAAAGACGAGACUGGAAUACUUUCUUACAAUACCUCAGAAACCACAAACCUCCUCUAUCUUUGUCUAGGUGCAGUGGAGCACAUGUAAUAGAAUUUCUCAAGUAUUUGGACCAAUUUGGUAAGACUAAAGUACACAUCACCGGGUGCCCUUAUUUCGGUCACCCUAAUCCGCCUGCUCCGUGUGCUUGCCCGCUUAAGCAGGCUUGGGGGAGCCUUGACGCUCUUAUCGGCCGUCUUCGCGCUGCUUACGAAGAGAAUGGUGGGCGACCUGAAUCCAACCCGUUCGGUGCACGCGCUGUAAGGAUUUACCUUCGUGAGGUUAGGGAGAGCCAGGCUAAAGCCCGUGGUAUCCCUUACGAAAAGAAGAAGCGGAAACGUGCUUCUUCUUCUAGUACUACCUCCACUUCCGCUCCCACCGCCACUACUCCAGUGGAUGCAGCUGGGAGUAGUGGAGUCCUCGCUUCUGGUGGGUCCGGUGAUGGUGGCAGCGGAAGUGGGGAUGCCGAUGGUGGUGCUAGCACUGCUGGUGUAGGUCCUCCUACAACUACUACCUAAUUUUUAUUUUUAAUUUUUUUUUAUAUAUAUAUAAUUAUUUAUAAUUUGACUUUAUUUUCAAGGAUCAAUUAUUGUCCAACGCUGGAGGAUUAAAUUGUGAUUAUAUAUUAUGUGAAAGCAAGCAUAAUAUUAUUUUUCUAAUCCAA